AUGCCUCUGGAUGUAAAGUUGAGGUCUCUUAAACUGAGACAAGACUCUAAAGAAAGGGGUGCUUUUUUUGUGGCAUUUAAGAGCAAGGAGGUUGAAAGUGCUAAAUCUACAAAAGCACCCCUGAAGUUUGCAAAGGCAAUAUCUGUCCAUGCUUUAUCCCCAAACAAGUUCCUGGUCUUAAGCUCAGACGGAGAUCUGCAUCUCUUGUCCCUGGCCAAUCCUGUCCAUGGAUCGGAAAUUCCUUGCCACCUGAUGCAAUUGACUUGCACCAUGAAGGUUCAAAAGUUGACAGUUUUCUCUGACAUCUCAAUUGGAGCACAUACAGUUUGGAUUUCGGAUGGACACUAUACAGUACAUCUGAUGGUGAUAUCUGAUUCGGAUACUUCUGCUAGUGAAAGUGAUAAAAAAGACACUGAGGAAAAGCUAAUGCAAAUCUCAGUCAAUCAAGCAAUAUUUGCCAGUGAAAAGAUUCAAGAAGUUCUUCCAAUGGCUGAGAAUGCAAUAUUGAUUCUUGGACAAGGAAGCAUAUUUACUUAUGCAAUUUCCUAG